AUGAUUCCAAGUGUUGAGGUAGGGAAGCAAUUUGGACUCACCCUAGAGGUUCACGACUUAUGCAAGCCAUUUCCGAGUCAUUGGAAUCAAAAAUUCGAUCUUAUUCAUGGAAGACAUGUUCUUAUAUGGAUCAAACCCCACAAAUGGCCGACAGUGCUCAAGCAUCUCAAACAAUCUCUCAACACGGGAGGGGCAUUGGUGAUAAUGUAUCCGGGUGAAAUCCCCUAUGAUGUGCACACCGAUGCACCCUUGGCUUUCAUUUUAGCGCCAAUGAAGUUCUUCUCAGCUUUCAUUCGGUACACGGCAGAACCUGAUGUCACACUACGACCUGCCAGCCCUCAUCAUUUAGACUUUGUCGUCCAAAAGACUUGA